AUGUCGGACAAUUCAGACGAGAUCCGCGAGCAGCGCUCCCGCCUCAUCGCGAUAGUGAGCAGAAUAAACACCUUCCCAGACAACGUCAAAGAGGUGUUCACCGACGAAGUCUGCGACUUGAUCCUCUGGCUAGCCCUACACGGGCUGCAAGCUCGUGAAAUGGCAUGGGUUGUGAAGCUCAAAGUCCCUCGCCCGGUCGGAGACAAGGCAAGCGAACGAAUCACUGAGGCUCAGCAUGUCUUGAAUCUGGAGCGUACGAUCAACCACUACAUCAAGGAUUUGCUCUUCCAAGGAGACGGUGACGAAGGCGAAGGUGAUGGCGAAAGUGGAGAUGCUGACACGACCAUGGACGUGGAGCAGCGUGACGCGGAUAAAGAGGCAGAUGAUCUCGUGUCCAGGUUGAUCGGCCGUGACGAAGCCUUGAACUGGAGCCCGUAUUAUCUUGAGAAGGCCAUCGACUAUAUAGUUACCGAGAACGGCGGCAUCGAUCCCAUUGUCCAGAGCAGAAAACUGGCGGAGGAGGGCCUGGCUCUAGCCAGGUGGAGAGCGAGGCAUCCGGGCCAGGAUCCCCGGCCUGGUAUGCGGUAUGACAAGGACUACCAGGCGGCUCGGAGGGCCUUUGGGAGGGAGGAGCCGAGGCGACAGGCCCUCGAAGCCACUGGCUACCGCGAGGACGGUAGUCGGGCGGCGGAGAGGGUGCUGAUGAAGCUCUGGCUGUUGAAGAUGCGGCAGGAGGGCGGGUUUUGCGGCCGGAAUUUGUGA